AUGGCCACGUCCGACGAAGAAGCGCUCACCGCCGGUUCAUCCGCCCAAUUGUUGCCCCGCACUCCCACGUGUCCAGGGACCCAACAGAUGCUCACUGUUCUCCUUGCUUCAGCCAGGCUUACAAUUGAUGACGUAAAUGAUGAUGCAGAUGAUGACGUAAAUGAUGAUGCAGAUGAUGACGUAAAUGAUGAUGCAGAUGAUGACGUAAAUGAUGAUGCGGAUGAUGACGUAAAUGACGAUGCGGAUGAUGACGUAAAUGAUGAUGCGGAUGAUGACGUAAAUGAUGAUGCGGAUGAUGACGUAAAUGAUGGACCAAGUAGUAUUUGCUUGCCACCGCACCGCUGCCACGACCUGCCACCGCACCGCUGCCACGACCUGCCACCGCACCGCUGCCACGACCUGCCACCGCACCGCUGCCACGACCACAGCCAAAAGAUGACGCGAGCUCUGAUGCUUCUCAUCGUAGCUGCCGCAGCCUCGUCCGCGGCAGGUACAGCAUCCCCUUGCUACGUGGCGUACGUGUCGAAAUUAUAUGGGCUCACCCUUGUCGAAAGUUGCCGUCUGCAGUACAAGACGGAUUUAGACAAGUUUACAGCAAAUGAAAAAUGCUCCUGGGGAAGUCCCGAGUACGACACAGCAACAUGUGAUCCAAUUCUGUACAAUUACGCCAAGUGCGCGUGGAAAUCUGCUGGACUCCUGAAGCCUGACAAUACAUUGGACGAUGGGGCCUUCCUGACGAUUAAUGUGAAGAACAAAUGCAGCAAUGACGCCAACUUCGCACAAGCUUACCAGAAAUGCAAGAGCUCCACCAUGCAAUAUUUGUUCUUUCUUCGGUUCGCGAGGUGUGUCGGGAAUUUCGGGCCCUGAUCAGCUCACUCAAUGCAAGGAAACCUACUGACUCGGAACAAGACUGACUGAACUCGCCCGUACUCCUUUGGAUUUCACGGGAUAUUUGGGGGAUUUUUGGGAUUUUUUUGGUACACUAUAUUUUCUUAUUUCUUCAUUAAAUUUGGUGGUGUUUC